UACGAGAGAGAAAUAGAAGACGAAGAAGAAGAAGGAGAUUUCUUGCAAGAGAAAGAGAAAAUUAGGGUUAGGGUUGCAGAGAAACAGAGAGGAAGAAGGAUUCGAAGAAUCCAAAUCCAAGCUCUGUAUUCAUCUCUCUCCCUUUCUCUUAAUCUUUACGAUCUUUCUCAAAAUCAAUCUCAUUGUUUCAUGGGCCUUGAAUCUUUUCCGAUCUCUGAAAUGGACGCGACCGAUGAAAUGCACGAAGCCAUGUUCGCGAAACGAGGUUGUUGUUUUAUCCUCCCUUGUCUUGGAUCAUCUCAGCCAUCUGGUCCUAACGGAUCUGUGUGGUGGCAACGAAUCAGAACCGUUGAUAAAUUGGAGCCUGAUGAGCGGUGGUGGGUCUCUGGGUGGAUGAAGAUGAGGGAAUGGUCUGAGAUCGUAGCUGGUCCCAAAUGGAAAACUUUUAUCCGUCGCUUUGGACGUAAUCACUGCUGCAACGGUGGCAUUGACGGUGGUUGUAAUCGGCCGGAGCAUGUUAGUUUCCGGUACGAUUCGUGGAGUUACUCGUUGAAUUUCGACGACGGGAAACAGACGGGUCAUUUCGAAGAUGAGUUUCCUUACCGUGAUUACUCGAUGAGGUUCGCUGCGCCGUCUCUGCCGGUUUCUACUAAAUGCUCCAUUGAUUUCGACAAUGAUAACCACGCGCCGUCGCUGUUUAAGUGAAAAAUGUCACGCGCUUCUCUGUUCCGGUACUGCUCUGUUCUAAAUGGGCUGGCGCUAACGUGCACCGCACUGAUGAAAGGGGAGAUACAUUAGAAGAAACAGUGGAUUUUUUUCUUUGCAAAGAAAUAUUACUUUUUUACACAGCUUUCAUUUAUUUGUUUUUUGUAAUUCUUUCACUUUGAAUGAAAUUAUUUAUUUGAUCACUAUUUUCUCCCAUUUUUGAUUAACUUUAUUUGAUCAAAUUUUGUGAGAAAAUUGUUAGUGAUCAAUUUUUGUAAUUCUACACACAAAGAUAAACUUUUUAGAGAAAGACAUGAUGAAGGUA